GUUCUCCCCUACAUGCUCUUUCUCCACGGCGCGCUGAGCUGUUACAGCUGGCCAGUGCAAAUCGCAGUUCAUUCUUUAUCUGAGCCACCGUAUUAAGCUCUCCACCCUCCCAAAUUCAUCAAGAUGCCUCCCAAGUUCGAUCCAACGGAAAUUAAGACCGUGUGUCUGAGGUGUGUUGGAGGAGAGAUGGCUGCCACCUCAUCCUUGGCCCCCAAGAUUGGUCCACUGGGUCUGUCCCCAAAGAAGGUUGGUGACGACAUCAUGAAGGCCACUGGGGACUGGAAGGGCCUCAAGGUCACUGUGAAGCUCAUCAUCCAGAACCGUCAGGCCCGUGUGGAGGUGGUUCCCUCAGCCGCCUCCCUGGUCAUCAAGGCCCUCAAGGAGCCUCCACGUGACAGGAAGAAGGUUAAGCACAUCAAGCACAGUGGCAACCUGACCCUGGACCAGAUGGUGGAGAUUGCACGCACCAUGCGCUCACGGUCACAGGCACGUGCACUGUCUGGCACCUUGAAGGAGGUCCUCGGCACUGCCCAGAGCAUUGGGUGCACCGUGGAAGGCCAGAACCCCCAUGAUGUGAUUGAGGGCAUUGACGAUGGCUCGGUAGAGGUGCCUGAAGAGUGAUCCUGUGAGACCUGAUUGAACCUUUGGCACAGCUCCAUACCAUUCCAUGCCACUGUGUUGCACCCAACCUCAGCAAGAGACCAAGUUUACCAUUCCAGAGUGACAUUAUGUAGGUUAAUUCUUUUGUACUGAGAGUAUGGAAACAAAGCUGUACUUGAGGUUUAA